AAAGAAGACCGCGGAAUCGUUUUGUGCGAAUUUUGUCCAAAAGGAUCAGUUCAUCAGCUGACCCGCAGUGGCGAUUCGUUUAUGCUGGAGACAUCGUUCCGACUGUCUAUGCUGGGUGACCUUAUCGAGGGACUAAAUUUUAUUCAUCGUUCAUGGAUUCACUGUCAUGGACGGUUGCGUAGUUCCAAGUACCUCGUUAACGCGCUUUAUGGUCAAAAUAACCGACUAUGCACUGCAAGAUUUAAAUGUUGAAAGCCAUUUGUCAGCGGAAGAGAAAAUCUGGACAGCGCCCGAACUGUUGCGAAUACCUGGAUCUCCUUCUACUAGUGCAAAGCAAACGGCAGAUAUCUACGCCUUUUCUAUUAUACUGAGCGAAUUCUGUUUACUGAGCGAUCCUUACAAAAUUUCCUCGGACUGCAAUAAAUAUGCUGAGAAAGUGAAAGAAGGAAAGGGGCCACUGAAGCGACCAAAUUUGGAGAAAAUCUCAUUUGACGAAGUGAAAGCCGGGGGAAUGCGCAACUUGGCGCAACUGUGUUGGAAAGAAGAUCCAGCGGAUCGGCCCACCAUGGCCGAUGUAGACAAACUCUUCCGGCGAAUCCGCGGAAAAGCUGGCUGUACGAUGGUGGAUGACCUUCUUAAACGUCUGCAAUGUUAUGCGGAUGAACUAGAGCAGAUGAUAGCCGAACGUACUGUGGAACUGCUGACAGAGAAAGGAAAAAUUCAGAAACUCUUAUUUGAAAUACUCCCCAAAUCUGUGGCAUUAAGUUUGAUAGCUGGACAACUCGUACAGCCAGAACAGUUUGAAUCGGUGACAAUCUUAUUCAAUGCCAUCGAAGAUUUUGCGAACAUUGCUUCCAAAUGCUCACCGAUACAUCUGACUGCCAUUAUGCAUUCGCUGUAUUUGACGAUCGACAAUGAAAUCUCCAUGUUUGAUGUGUACAAAGUGGAAACGACGAACGAUGUUUAUUUGUCUUGGUGUGUUGCAGAUUGCCAGUUGUCUACCAAAGCGCAACGGAAGGAAACAUGUGACGGAAAUAGCAUCGUGUGCGCUAACGUUGGAAUGCGGCUCAAAAGGUCAACAUACGAUCCAACGAAGUACAGCUGA